CUUUAGUUACAUCAGUUGAAAUGACGGAACAUCGUUUUUUUCCCAAUUUCAGAAUAAACUUCUCUGUUCCCUGGAGGUUUGAGGAUGGAGGACAGUGAGGGUCACAGCUCUGCACACCAAGGAUCUGGUGAUGGAGUGAUGAGCACUAUGAAUUUAUAUGCCACUCUGGGGCUCUCUCCAGAAGACGUGGAUGCUCUGGCCCAGAUUCCAGAGAACGAGAUAAGUGUGGAGACUUUGCCUUAUCUGAUAAUGCAACUGAAGGCCAAACGAGCCAAGCAAGAGGGACAGGGAGAGGCCUCCCCGAAGAGAGACAGCCGGCAGGAGGAUACAGAUGAUGGAGACCGCAGCAAACGGGACAGUCCCCCUACAGUCCCUCGCCAGUCCAACAGCCAUUGUGACACUGACUAUAGGAGAGUGGAGAUUCACAGUCGACCAGAGCGGACUGAGGCAAGGAGAAAUUCCCGUCACACUAGGUCCUCAAGGGGAAAAAUAUCCGACAGCCAGCAAAAGUUUCCUUUCUCCUAUCAAGUGGAUGAUUUUCAUGGAGUUGUGCCCAAGAUUUACCCACACACAUGCUCUCUAUGCUUCUGCAUGUUGAAUUCUUCUAAGGUAAGCUUUGUUAUAUUUCAAUACUCUUGCAGUUGGACUGUAUAGCUAUAUAAUUUUAAUCAGAACACUCAACCUUCCAUGAUGGCAUUCAUUUUGCUUAAUAUGAGUUUGCUUUUUUCACAGACAUGGAAGGAUCAUCUCAAUGGAUUACGCCAUGUGGAGGGCUGUCGAGAACUCUUGCGUCUGUAAGUGUUUCCAUGCAAAGUGAAACAUUUAGAAAAUGGACUGAUACAGGUCAAAAAAUCAAUUGAGAUAUGUCCUGUUACCUGGUUUUAUUUCUUUUUUUCUUCUUCUUUUUUUUUUUUUACAGAUAUCCAGAUUGGAAAAUACGUGAUACCGGGAGGGAAAUGUGAGGGGCAUGAAAUGAAUCUUUAUGUUGAAAAUAGGCAUGUCAUGAUUUAAACCAUUAGCCGUUCCUCAUCUUACUUAGCACUGUUUACAUUACCUUCCAGGUCCAACUCCAUCCCAAGUAGAGAUGCUAUUUCACCACCCAGAAAAAUGCCACGUCCUGCUAUGCCUUACAAGAGACAACAUGGCUCAGACCGCGUACGAGGUCAUAACCCGAGUCCCGUUCCAAAAUCAAGUUUGAUCCAGACCAAAUAAGGCCCAAUUGCAAACCACUUCAAAAUAAAUACUAUCUCCUUUCAUGUUUUCAUCUUUAGGUGAAGUCUGGUCAGCACCAGAAAGACACCAUUUGAAGCCCAAGGUAAUUAUGUCCCUUUUGUGGCAAUGUUUUCUUAUAAAUAGAUAAUUUUUAAUUGGCUACUUAUGAUGUUGUUUAUUUAAAGCUGCGUGCUUGAAUGUGUGAUUAUGUUUUGCUUUAGGCUGGCACGAAGGUGGUGGUCACAAAAUUUCCCCUUGGCUCUGUUGGUGUUGAAGACUUGAUGACUUUGGCUAAGCCAUUCGGCACAGUUGUAAAACAUCUGGUGUUCCCCUGCAAGGUAAAUUACACACUUAUAUUUGUAUUUUUUUACGGAGGAAUAGGCACUCAUCUCUUAAAGAUGCACUAUGCAGAAAUCGCUCCGCCAUUUCCUGGUUGCUAAAAUUCUAAUAGUUCGCCUAAUUUCAGUUUAUGUGACAAAUCGAGCAAGUAUAGUGUAGAGAAUCAUUGUGCCAUCUAAACCGCUGUGACAUAUCUUUUCAAUAGCCAGCAAUGUUGUCUUUUCAGCUGAUUGAUGCUGGUGUACAAAACCGAACGUAAAAUACUAAACUUAAGCACGGGAAGCAUAGAAAUAGGGCACAUAGAACAUAUCUACCGCUUCUUAGACUUGCUUUCAAUGAGAAUUACAGAUCUAUAACUCAUUUCUAUGUGAAUUUGGUCAGGUCGCCCAAAAAGUUAAAUUUUGCAUAUUAUUAUUAUUAUUUUUUAACAUUAUCUCAACCCAAAAAAAGUUACAUCUGUAGUUGAACGUUUAUUGGAUGAUUCAGUGUUGUAUUUUUGUUACAGGGAUUCCUGGAGUUUGGUUCGCACAAAGAGGCAGUCAAUAUGGUGAAUCACUUCAGUGAAAAGCAAGCGUUCGUGAAGGGAAAUAAGUUGAUUCUGUACCUGUCACCUAUGGUGUGCAGUAUACAUGUAAGUGCACCUGCCUCUUAAAAGUUUGAGAUUCUGUAUUCUUAAUCACAGAGAUCCCAGUAUGAGCUUGUUUUUUCCUUUAGCCGCCAAGGUUGGAUGAACCACCAGAAAAACGGCAGACCAAACAAGUUACCAAUACAGUGGUUUGUUUUUCCCGCAUACCUCCUGGGAAGGAAAGAGAACCAGAGAUUCUCGAUCUCGCCAAGAUGUUUGGGGAUGUGCGGCAUUCAACAUUUUCAGGUGAUCAGGUAAGGUUCGCGCAAUAUGGAAUUGAAGUGUGAUCAAUUCAAUUCUGCAAAUUUCUCUGGUGAUUUCAAAUAGAAAACAAUAAAAAAUUCUGAAUAGCAUGGGAUUGUAUGACUAGAAUAGAUCAAUUCAACACCAAAACCUCCAUUAUGCAGCACCUUCUCUAGCUUUGUCUAAUGAAUUCUCCCUUAUUCAUCUGCAGGCCCUGAUUGAGAUGGUAGAUUGGAAAGAUGCUGACAUUAUGGUGAAGUACUACCACUCCAACCCCCUCAAGAUCAAUGGAAAGAGUGUCAAAGUAUUCUUGUCAUCGUCACUGAAGCGCCUGAGGUAAGUAAGAGUCCUUCAACUGGGGCUAUGGGACUCAUCAGGAAGUUUGUGUCAGGGAAGUUUACCUCAAUGGUUUUUGCCUUGUAGAGAAAGUCCUGACUCCACCACAUCCAGAAGAGCAGAUUCCAGUAAAGGCCGCAGCAGCAGACACAAGAGUGAGGAGACCAGCAAGACCUCAAACUCCACGAACAAAGAGAAACCCAGUACAGGCAAACAACCUACUGAGAAAGUAUUGGAACAAGGAGAAGAUCAACAAAUUACCUCAGAGGAGGUCAAGGAAGUGAUCAAGCAGGAUAUCAAGGAGGAGGACAUUGAUUUGGAAAACAAAGAUCUAGACGAAGAGGGCGUCCAGGUGAAAGCUGAACAAAGCUUGUUAGAUGACGAGGUUGGAAGUGGUGUUGAUACUAAAAACCCUGCUCCUUCCAAAAGUGCCUCUCUGGUGGCUGAUUCUAAAGAUAAGGGGGAACCCGAAAUCUCAGAACUGUUGGCAGACAAUACCUUGGAGGCUUCUGACAUAAAGGCUGCCGAUGAUCCAGCUCUGUGUGAUGCUGAUGUCUCAAUGGAGAACAUGAUGGAAAAGGAGAGCUUUCAUGAAGAUGUAAGAAAUUCUUGUCAUUCAUAUUUGUGACCGGAACCAACAAAGAAAGGCUUAUUGUUCUCAUAAUUGAAAAUACGUUUGUCAAGUAACCAAGAUGUGGGUUCCUAGCAAUGGGUUCUUAAAGCAUGUGUGCUUCAACUCUUCAACUUGGUUGAAGUUCUGGGAGCUUCGCUGAGAAUGUAGUUUGGUUGAGAUCCUCCACUGAUCAGUUGAAACAGAUGUGGCCAUAUUAUGCCUAGAACCACUGAAAUCUGGCUGAGGUUUCAGUGGCAAAUAAUUUUUUCCUGAAACUUCAGAUUGAACCUCAUCAAUCUAGACAAACAGUCAAGAUGUUUUCUGUGACUCAUGUCAGCAGUGGCUGGUUUGAGUCAUGGAUUGUUGGAAUAUUGAGUUUGCUUGGUACCAUAGCACACUAUGUACAGUGCCUUCUGAAAGUAUUCAUACCCCUUGACUUAUUCUAAAUUUUGCUGUUAAAGCCUGAAUGAAAAUUUGAUUUCCUCACCCAUCUACACACAAUACCUGUUAUUACAAAGUGAAAACAAAUUUAUGGAAAAAAUUACAGAAUUAUUCACACCCCUGAGUCAAUACAUGUUAGAAUCACCUUUGGCAGCGAGUCUUUCUGGGUGAGUCUAAGAGCUUUUCAGACCUAGAUUGUACAAUAUUUGCACAUUUAUUAUUGUAAAAAUUAUUUAAGCUCUGACAAGUUGGUUGUUGAUCAUUGCUAGACAGACACUUUCAAGUCUUGCCAUAGAUUUUCAAGCAGAUUUAAGUAAAACUGUAACUAGGCCACUCAGGAACAUUCAAUGUCGUCUUGGUAAGCAACUCCAGUGUAGAUUUGGCCUUGUGUUUUAGGUUAUUGUCCUGCUGAAAGGUGAAUUUGUCUGCCAGUGUCUGUUGUAAAGCAGACUGAACCACGUUUUCCUCUAGGAUUUUGCCUGGGCUUAGCUCCAUUCCGUUUAUUUUUAUCCCAAAAAAACCUCACUAGUCCUUCACAAUGGCAAGCAAACGCAUAACGUGAUGCGUUCACCACCAUGCUUGAAAAUAUGAAGUGUGGUACUCAGUGAUGUGUUGGAUUUGCCCCAAACACAACGCUUUGUAUUAUUUAGUUCCUUAUUGCAACAGGAUGUAUGUUUUGGAAUAUUUUUAUUUUGUACAGGCUUCCUUUUCACUCUGUCAUUUAGGUUAGUAUUCUGGAGUAACUACAAUGUUGUUGAUCCGUCCUCAGUUUUCUCCUAUCACAGCCAUUCAACUCUGUAACUGCUUUAAAGUCACCAUUGGCCUCAUGGUGAAAUCCCUGAGCAGUUUCCUUCCUCUCUGGCAACUGAGAUAGAGGCAUCCUUCCUAUCUUUGUAGUGGCCUGGGUGUGUUGAUACACUAUCCAAAGUGUAGUUAAUAAUUAAACCAUGCUCAAAGGGAUAGUCUCUCUUUUUUGUCAUUUUUUUUUUACCCAUCUACCAAUUGGAGCCCUUAUUUGCGAGGCAUUGGAAAACCUCCCUGGUCUUUGUGGUUGAAUCUGUGUUUGAAAUUCACCUUACAAUUAUCUGUAUGUGUGGGGUACAGAGAUUUGGGAAAAUCAUGUUAAACGCUAUUAUUGCACACAGUGUGUCCUUGCAACUUAUGUGACUUGUUAAGCAAAUUUUUACUCCUGAACUUAUUUAGGCUUGCCAUAACAAAAGGGUUGAAUACUUAUUGGACUUCAAGACAUUUCAGCUUUUAAUUUUAAAUUAAUUUGCAAAAACUUCUGAAAACAUAAUUCUACUUUGACGUUAUGGGGUAUUGUUUGACAAUGUACAUUUUAAAUUCAGUCUGUGACAACAAUGUUGAUAAAGUCAAGGGGUGUGAAUACUUUCUGAAGGCACUGUAUGUAGGGUAUAUGAUGUGCUCAGGGGUUAUUAAUUCCAUCAGUUUAAUGAGUGCCCUACAAAUCAGAUGGAGAUAAGCUUUGAAGGGUCUCCUUUAUAUUCCAUGGUUGAAUAUCAAAGGUGAUCGAGACAUCUCUGUACAAGCUCCAAUUGUUUCCAGAAAACCUAGACUGUCAGUAGUAAUGCAGAACAGGUGCUUAAGCACUCGAAAGUCAGCCAAACAUUGUAGAUGUAUGGAUCAGUAGACAUGCCUAUCCGUUCAGCCCUAACAUGGUUAACCUGGACUGACCAAGAGGUUUGAAUAACAAAUGACAGCUUAAAAUAUCCUUUGUAAUAGUGCAGCCACAGAGUUCACUUCCUAGUUUUAAGAGACAUGGCUCUAUAUCAUAGUUCAAGACUAUUGAAUACAGUUUUGCAUACUUUUAUGUUCAGUGUUUGAGCCGCUUUUGACAGUUUCCAAUUGCAACCUCACAAGUAUUUGUCAUGAGAUUUGAUAUGAUUCUGGUGCAGCACUGUGGAACUUGAAACUCGUGAAUUAACUUAUUGAUGUUCUGUACUUAUUUCCAACAGGACAAUAUGGAUGACAUGGAUUUCCCAGAGAAUAUGGAUGAUUUUGUUACAUUGGAUGAACUCGACAACAAUACUGGAGGGGACACAUUGCUGGGUAAGCAAUGAAUGAUGCAAAACAUUUAUUUAUUGGCAGCAAAGGACAUAACAAUUAUUACGGUUUAGCCUGUGUGGAUAACACAUUAAGAAAAUAAUCUGCAGAUCAUCAUUUAUAGUAAUAAUUACUUUUGUUUUUAUUUGCAGAGUCAAAGGAUGCUUCAUGGGUUGGUAUUCCUCCAAAAACGACAAAUUUAGAAACGUCUACUUGGAAUGUGUCAAGUGUAGAAGAGUUGUUUUAUCCAACGUUAUUGAUAGUAGGUUGCUCAGUAAAAUUGUUUUCUACAGGAUGGAAAAGUUGUCCAAAUUAGCCCAAUUAGAAAGGGCUAUGGAAGCGUGGAGGUGGCCCUAUUGAAACUGGCAGAGCGGGCAAAUGUGAAAGUUGUCAACCAUUACAUAUCCUUCGUCAGACAGGAGGUAUGUUCAUAGUUAUGUUACUUGCAGAUAUGUUAUUUGGGGAUCAGUGUGUUUUAUUUUGAAUGGUACUUAUCUAGUUUUCUUUAUGGGAUGGAAAUAAUGUUGUCGUAGGUGAAUAACAAUUUGACAUUCACGUAUUUUGGCAUACAGGAAAGAGUUUUACUCAACCCCUGAUUUGUGCAAGCGUUUGCUGUCCUAGUUUUUAUGACAUUGAGCUUUUUCUAUAUUUUCAGGCAUGGUUAGAGCUUGAAACUACAGAGGAAGUACGUGAAAUGGUGAAAUUCUACAAAGGCAAAGGACAGUUGUUGCGGAAACGUGUCGAUGUUAGCAUGUGCUUUUCACUGAAAAAGUUGGAGGUGGGUUUGGUGUCUGCUAAAUGGUGUAGUAUGCAUCUGAUGAAAGAAUUUAGUUAUAAACUCAACUACACACCUAGCAUAGUCAAUAUUUGUAACACAAAGAUGCAUACUAUGUGUAAUGUGACUUUGUUUCUGUCAAUGUAGAGUCCUAGUGGGAGAUCCAUCUACAUUUGUAUGCUUCCACUCCAGAAGUACUCGGACGUCUCUCUGUUACGACUUGCCCAGCCUUUCGGGAAAAUCACUGGCUAUAAUUUGAACUGGCGUCAUGGAAAGGUAAAGUUUCACCGGCCCAUUUUUUAGGGGGGAGUUUGUUUUUCUAUUGAUAACGGACUCUCACAUGGAUUUUUAUUCUUCUUUCAGUGUUAUAUCCAGUUGGAGAGUGUGGAAGCCGCACAGAAGAUGGUGAAGUACUUCGAACGUCCACACAAGUUUUACGGUACCCUGUUAAGGGUCAGUUUGUGCAAAAAGGGAGACUCACUAAUAUACUGGUAAAUAAUUUUCAAUGACCCCUAAGAAUAUGCAGUAGAGUAGAUGGAAAUGAUAGUUAGACUAAAUGGAAUUUGAAGAAUGCUAGUAUCCUAUUCAGUCCAUGUCCACUGCCAGUUUAAUUGAUUGGAAUCUAUUGGAAGAAUAUACAGCCAAUAAAAUUAUCUGAUAAAUAAUGUUGUGAUCUAUGGUUAAACUGGACUGUAUGAGGGUUGUAUCUAAGUACACUUUCAUGAUGUAGUACUGCAUGACAUUGUAUUCUGCUCUUCUGAUCCAGGAAACCACCAGUCAAAUAUGAGCUGUGGUUGGCCGGUCAGAAAAACAGAAGAUCAAGAGAUCACCAUGGAGAUGAAAAGACCAAUGGCCAGUCAGCCAAAAGCCCCUCUCCAGAAGUGAAAGAGAUGGUUAUUUGCUAUGUUUUUGUUUCCUUAAUUUAAACAAGGUGAAAGGUUGCCUUUUUAGUUAAAUGCUAGCUGAUUAUUUAUGCAUUUAAUUUUGACAUGUUCGUGAACAAUCCUUUUACAGUUACCGGUUAGUCAAGAAGUAAUCAGUCAAUGCACUUCACACAGAGAAGAGUGAAGAUAUUUCUUGGUGUUGGUCUCAGGCUAAUUAGAACAAAUGAGUGAUAGACAUGAUUGUGUUUGUAUGGCCAGGAUGUCCAGAGCCCUGUGUCUGACAGUGAGGGGGUCUGUGGGGACCCUGAGGGUGAGGAAGCCAGUGGUGUGGAAGCUAUCCCGGAGGGAGAAGAGGAGGAGGAGGAGAAGCAGGAGGAACCUCUGGGUCCUUAUCAACCUGACAACCCUGUUGGUAAGAGGCUAGAGAAAAACAGACUUCUGUUUGUGUGGCUGUCUUUUUUUUAUUAUCGAGUGACAGGGAUCUAAUAAAUAUAUUUUAGUGCCAUAUCGUCAGAACACAAACAUGUUGUGGUCCUCUGUAGCUCAGCUGGUAGAGCACGGCGCUUGUAACGCCAAGGUAGUGGGUUUGAUCCCCGGGACCACCCAUACACAAAAAAAAUGUAUGCACGCAUGACUGUAAGUCGCUUUGGAUAAAAGCGUCUGCUAAAUGGCAUAUUAUAUAUUAUAUUAUUGUGUUUUUUUCUCUCCUUUUACUUGCAGGGUUAGACUAUCUGGUACCAAGGACUGGAUUAUUCUGCAAACUGUGCAACAUCUUCUACACCAAUGAGAAAACAGCCAAAUCAGUCCACUGUAGCAGUGAGGAACAUUACAUGAACCUUAAGGUAAUUUUCAACUAUGACGAGUCAGUCUUAGGAAUCAUACUUUGUGGUGUGGCGUAUUUGUAAGAAAGUGUAGUUGACCUUGGAGGCCAGAAUACAUUCUCAACAUUCGUUGGGUUUCACUGUCAAGGGAAACCUUGUUUUAUUUAAGCUGGUAUCACCUAUGCUUGUGGAAUCUCAACCAAAUGGAAAGAUACAGGACUUUUUAGGGGAUCUGUUUUAGCUUGUGUUAUGGGUUAAUAUUCCAUAGAUAAUGCAUUGAAAAUGUAAACUUUUAUUUUUUUAGGGAAAGAUGGAUAAAGAUAAACAGACCCCGGCUGAUUGAGAGGAUUGUCGUCCACCUGUAGUCUUCCCAGAGGAAGGCCGUUUUAGUAUAAAUGUUUGUCUGGUUUGUUUUUAACAUUCCAUUUUUUUUUUGUUACUAUUGACAUUAGGUUACCCAUUUAAAAUUAAUUAAUGCAUGCAGCCUAUUAUGAAAUGUAGUCCCAUUCUGUGGUUAUGAAUAGUACCUGGAUAUAGUUUCCUCUUAUUGAAUAAACAAAUGUUUGAUUUCUGGAAUUAAUUUUGUCACAUCUUAUGGCUAACAUUUACUCUGAACCUACUGACCUUAACAUAUUUGACAGAGGCCUAUGGUUGUUUGUCAAUGGUCAACUGUCAUUUAUCAAUGACAAGGACAUGUGCACAGGAGCGGCUGGAACUACAUCCCAGAAUUUUCCAUUACCCAGAGAACCAUCUGGUGCUUGACUGUGACAGCAGUGAUGGCUAAGAUCCACCCAGCCUGUGGCAAGGAGCAGUACAUCGUUGGAGGAAAGGACAAAUGGGGGAGAUUGUUUGGUCUAAACCAACAUGAAAGAUUUACGCCAUACAGGCCUAGAUGCUUUUGAAUGAUAAACCAAGAGUUCAGUAAAUGUAUUCCAUAACAUUUUACAUUUCACACAAACUCUAGGCUAUAAAAAUGUAAGAGUUGCACACUCUAUAUACAAGCUUCCAGUAUUUUAUUGGGUAAACCACUGUUUUGGCAUCACAGGGUAAUUUCAUAAAUGAUUGAACCAGGAUAUGUAGACAAACAGUGCAAUUAGUGCAACCAAUGACAAUAGUGAAGGGGUGUGUCAUAAUUAUUAAGGUGAUGAGAAUGGAAAAAAAUGAAACUGUUAAAAGACUAGUUUACAGCUUGUUGAAUAUAUUAGACUAUAUAUAUAGCAACAUAUUUAGAUAAUGUACAAAGUACUGAACAAAAAUAUAAACGCAACAAUGUCAAAGAUUUUACAGAGUUACAGUUCAUGUAAGGAAAUCCGUGAAUUGAAAUAAAUAAAUUAGGCCCUAAUCUAUGGGUUUCACAUGACUGGGCAGGGGUGCAGCCAUGAGUGGGUCUGGGAGGGCAUAGGCCCACCCACUGGGGAGCAAGGCCCAGCCAAUCAGAAUUACUGUUUCCCCACAAAAGGGCUUUAUUACAGAAAUAAAUACUCCUCACUUUCAUCAGCUGUCCGGGUGGCUGGUCUCAGACGAUCCCACAGGUGAAGAAGCCGGAUGUGGAGGUCCUGGGCUGGCGUGGUUACACAUGGUCUGCGGUUGUGAGGACGUACUGCCAAAUUCUCUAAGAAUUGGUAGAGAAAUUAACAAAUUUUCUGGCAGCAGCUCUGGUGGACAUUCCUGCAGUCAGCAUGCCAAUUGCACACUUCCUCAAAACUUGAGACAUCUGUGGCAUUGUGUUGUGUGACAAAACUGCAUAUUUUAGAGUGGCCUUUUAUUGUCCCCAGCACAACGUGCACCUGUGUAAUGAUCAUGCUGUUUAAUCAUGCUGCACCUGUUAGGAGGAUGGAUUAUCUUGGCAAAGGAGAAACGUUCACUAACAAGGAUGUUAACAAAUGUGUGCCCAAAAUUUGAGAGAAAUCAGCAUUUUGCGUAUAGAAAAAUUCUGGGGUCUUGUAUUUCAGCUCAUAAAAUAUGCGACCAACAUUUUACAUUUAUAUUUUUGUUCCGAAUAUUAGCAUAGACAUACAUUAUUUAAUUUAUUUUCAGAUACAUAUUUAAUUGUUUCCAUUUAAUCUCAUCUUUGUUACAUGCAAUCUUUUGGUUCAACCGUAAUGCACAAUAAGCAUCAUCAACAAAUCUGUAUGUGGAACAAGUUGUGGAAGCAUUAAUUUACAAAACAGACACACACACCCUACUUUCUAAAAUCCUAUGGAAGAGAUAUAUCAAGGAUGUCUUUGUGCUCUGGGAAGGAAGUCAGCAGGAACUAAAUGAAUUCCAAACUCUGCUAAAUGGGAGCACUAAAUAUCUCAAAUUCAUCAUGCAGACUGAUGAGAGAAAAAUAAACUAUCUGGACUUAUGGAUCAUUAAAGAGAAUAAUGCAUUACACAAAGAGGUAUACACAAAGCCCACAGACCGCAACACCCUGCUAUGUGUGGACAGUGUGCAUCCCCUUCCCCUUAAGAAUGGUUUACCAUAUAAAAGUAAUAAUAAUGAAUAUGCCAUUUAGCAGACGCUUUUAUCCAAAGCGACUUACAGUCAUGUGUGCAUACAUUUUUGCAUAUAACCAGUUGUGCUUGGUUAAAUGCAUCUGUGGCCAACAGUCAGAUUUUGACAACAAUGCUAAGAAAAUGACAGACAAAUUCAAAAUGAGAGGCUACAAGGACAAAACUCUUGAUGAUGAAAAUAAAAAUAAAAACAAGAGAGGAAUUGCUAAAAACUAAACCAAAGAAGAAAAAUAACACAACAGUCUUUUGCACUAAGUACACCAAGUGUUCGUAGAAAAUGAAAGCAAUCCUGGAAAAGCACUGGCAUAUUCUGCAAUCAGACAAAAUAAAUGCACACCUCUUCAAGGAACCCCCACUGGUGGUCUACAAGCCUGGCCACAAUAUUGGGAACAGCCUAUUGAGAUCUGACCUGCCCACUCAGACACUCUUGGCAGCCAUUUUAAAUAGGAACUACAAAUGUGGCUCAUGUGCACAGCGAGACAGCACUACAAAACAUAUUUUUUCAGACUCCCACACACAGGUCGAAAAAUCCCUGUUAGGGGUGUUAUCUCAUGCGGGACAAAGGGAGUAAAAUAUAUCAUCACCUGUCCACGUGGGAAAGCCUACGUAGGACAAACGAAUAGACAAUUAAAACAACUAACAGCUGAACAACGCAGCUCAAUCAGGUGUAAAACACUGACUAUCCAGUAGCAGCUCACUUUGUUGAAGCUAACCAUCUGAUCUCCUCCCUCAAAUACACAGGUAUCGAGCAUGUUACUCUACCAAGGAGAGGAUGUAACGUCGAGACCCUGCUACUACAGAGGGAGGCCUACUGGAUAUCCUAUCUAAAAACACUGACCCCUAGUGGUCUGAACAUUGACUUUGCCCUCAGGCCGUUUCUAUGAACAAGUCUCCGUUUUUAUGAACAAGUCUACUAAAUGAACAUAUUCUUUCAACAACUUAUCAGCGUGCACCCAAGACGUUCCCUUUGUUGAUGAUGCUUAUUAUGCAUUACGGUUGAACCAAAAGAUGACAUGUAACAAAGAUUAAAUGAAAGAAACAAUUAAAUAUGUAUAUGAAAUGUAGUUCAAUAAUAAUGUAUGUUGAUGCUAAUACUAAAUGUAUGUAUAAUAUCUAAUUACGUUGCAAUAUAACAAUAGCGCACUCGAGGUUGGUGGCACCUUAAUUGGGGAGGAUGGGCUCGUGGUAAUGGCUGGAGCGGAAUUAGUGGAAAGGUAUCAAACACAUGGUUUCUAUGUGUUUGAUGCCAUUCCAUUAGCGCCGUUCCAGCCAUUAUUAUGAGCCGUCCUCCCCUCAGUAGCCUCCACUGCAAUAGCCAUAUAAUUUAUAUUCAACAUGUUGUAAACUAUUGUCUUUUAACAGUUUAAUUUUUGUAAAUUCUCAUCACCCUAUUAAUUAUGACACACCCCUCACUAUUGUCAUUGGUUGCAUUAAUUGCACUGUUUGUCUACAUAACCUGGUUCAAGCAUUCAUUACAUUACACUGAAGAAGGCACAGUGAUGACAAAAUGUUGGUGCUUUACCCAAUAAAUUACUGGGAGCUUGUAUAUAGAGUGUGCAACUCUAUUUAUAUUUAUAGCCUAGAGUUAACUCGUCAUUAGUCAGCUCCUUUACCAACUUUUUGGGGUGUGCGCCAGCUCAUGUUUUUAUUAGACAUUUCAUACAGUACUCAUACAUCUGGGUACAUUAAGUAACAUAAAUGAAACAAGAAAAAAAUACAUAUAAUUUAAGUACUUUAACAAGUAUUUAACUUAACAUUCAAUACUGAACAUGACAAUUUUUCAUAAAGAAAUCAUGCAACGAAGGUAGUUCUAUAAAAAGAAAAAUGGCUGUAGUGCGUUGCAUUCACAUUCCACAGUGUAGUAAAGAAUAAGACUAGUGGUGCUGUAAAUUACCUGAAUAAAGAAUAUUGUAAUUUAAUACUAUUGUGACUAUCAUUACAAUGACUUUUCAAAAUAACAUUUCUUCUUGGACAAUUGCACAGUUGCUGUCAUGUCACAAUCGUGUUGACAGAAACCUUGAACACCCGUCUGAUGCGCAAACAACAUCCACUCCGACAGAAAUGACACACCUGACUGUGUAACUGAGUGAAG